GUGGCGCCGGUCUCCCUGCCGACGGCUUUUAAUGCGGCGCGCGGGGCGGGGCGGAAGAACGCGAGGUGAUGGCGCGCGGCGGCAGGAGCGUGGGGCGCCCCGCGGCGGCACCGGCCAGCCCGCCCCCGGCGGCCCCGGUGCCGGCGGCGCAGCCGGCGCAGCCCGGCCUGAUGGCGCAGAUGGCGAGCACGGCGGCCGGCGUGGCCGUGGGCUCCGCCGUGGGACACGUCGUGGGCAGCGCCCUCACCGGCGCCUUCAGCGGCGGCUCCUCCGAACCGGCCAAGGCGGCGGCUCCCGCGGAGCAGCCCGUGUUCCAGCAGCCCAACUACGGUCCCUGCCACUAUGAGAUGAAGCAGUUCCUGGAGUGUGCUACCAACCAGAGAGACCUGACCUUGUGUGAGGGCUUCAACGAGGCGCUGAAGCAGUGCAAAUACAGCAAUGGUGUUUCUUCUCUCCUGUAAAACAUCUGCCCCCUUGCAGGGGAGAGGAGCCUGGUGUAGAGCACUGCUGCCUGCAGGCAGCAGGAGGAUGGACAGGGGGUGAGCUGGAGGGAACAGAUGAACCAGACAGGAGUCUUGUAGUGGUAAUUCACUUCUAGACUAGUAGGGGAGAGAAGGAAUGGUUGGACCUGUGAGACUUUGGAGUUCAGCUAGGGUUAUAUUUAUUACAGAGAAAUAAAUGAGUUUAUUUGGACCUAUCA